UCAUCUACAAACACACAUCAGAAAGACAAAAAAAAUGGGAACCUCAAAUGACCAUGAUGCUCCUCCUUCGACUCUACUUCAAGACCUUAAUGUGACGGUCCAAAAAUCCUCCAUGGUUUUUCCCUCGAAAGAGAUUGAGAGAAAGUCCUUGUUCUUGUCAAACAUAGACAAGGUUCUCACCUUUGACGUGGAAACGGUUCACUUCUUUGGUGCCCACAAAGACUUCCCUCCCCACGUUGUGGCUGAGAAGUUGAAGAGUGCCCUAGAGGAUGCCCUUGUGGUUUAUGACUUCUUGGGUGGAAGAUUGAAGGUGAACAAUGAUACCAAAAGAUUAGAGAUGGAUUGUAACCCUGAGGGAGCAGGGUUCGUGGUGGCUUCCAGUGGGUACAGAUUGGAUCAAAUUGGGGAUUUGGAUUAUCCAAAUCCAGCUUUUGCACAAUUGGUUCAUAAGAAUAAGGAUUUUCUUAAACAGGGUGAUGUCCCACUUUGUGUUGCCCAGGUGACAUCCUUCAAGUGUGGUGGGUUCGCAAUGGGCAUCUCCACCAGCCACACCACCUUCGACGGCCUCAGCUUCAAAACCUUCCUCGACAACCUCGCCGCACUCGCCGCUAACAAGCCCCUGCCUGUCACCCCCUGCCACGACAGGCACCUGCUGGCCGCCCGAUCUCCGCCACGUGUCACCUUCCCACACCCCGAGAUGCUCCCCAUCUCUAGCCACCUCCCACAUUCCCCCGAGUCCACCAACAUCUUCGACGCCUCCACCGAACCCCUCCACUUCAACGUCUUCAAACUCACCUCAUCCCAUAUCACAAAACUCAAGCAAGAGGCCACGUGCGGGACCACACGUGUCACGGGCUUCAAUGCCAUCACAGCUCACAUAUGGCGAUGCAAGGCCCUAUCCGCCGAUGAUAACCCUAACAGGUCGUCCACUAUACUGUAUGCUGUGGACAUACGCUCAAGGCUGAACCCUCCGUUGCCGAAGUCAUACACGGGAAACGCGGUUUUGACGGCGUACGCGACUGCCACGUGUCAGGAGCUGGAGGAAGGACCCUUCAUGAAGGUGGUUGAGAUGGUGCGCGAGGGCGCGGCGAGGGUGACGGACGAGUACGCGAGGUCGAUCAUCGAUUGGGGACAGGUGAACGAAGGGUUUCCAAAUGGGGAUGUUUUGGUGUCUUCGUGGUGGAGAUUAGGGUUUGAGGAGGUGGAGUACCCGUGGGGGAAGCCCAGGUAUUGUUGUCCUGUGGUGUAUCAUAGGAAGGAUAUUGUUUUGUUGUUUCCUCCGGUUGGUGGGGGUGAUGGGGUGAGUAUUAUUGUGGCUCUUCCUCCCAAGGAAAUGGAAAAGUUUCAUGGGCUCUUCUACAAGUUCUUGCGUUGAGACAUGAUUGAGGGGAAUGUAUGUGUAGUGGAUGGAAAAAUUGCAUGGUGUCUUGAACGAGUUCUUCACUUUAGUUGAGGGAAAUGUGUCCCUCCCUAGCUCUAUUGAUAUCUUUAUUAAUAUGAUAUCCUUAGGUUUUUAAUGGUUGUUUUGUAACCAACUAUGUUUUUCUUUAUGGUUUGAUAUUAAUGAUAUAUGCAAAUGAUGUAGUUUUAAAUAUAUGUGAAGAUUAUAUUUUUAACUA